AUGGAAUAUCUUUUUCCUGAAUCAUUGAACAAUAUUUGGAGCAUAUCAACACUAACUCAUUGCAAUUUAAAUGGUAUACAAAGAAGUGAACGAUGGAUACCGAAAAUUUCAUCGAUAUCAACAUCGAUAGAAUAUAUUUCUCUCGAACACAGUGUCUUUGAAAUGCCAUCUUUAUCGCAUCUUUUCCAUUGUACUCCACAUUUAAAAAGUCUCUCUUUAUUUGCUUCAUCUACUUAUUCGGAUGUACCUAUGGAUUGUGUUAUUCCAUCAAUGAAAUCAUUGAAAAUCCACUAUGAGACAUUAAUUGAUUCAUUACAAUAUAUUUUUCAAACGAUGCCUAAUCUACGUCAUUUAACAAUUGAUACACGCCGAAUGUAUUUUGAUGGAUAUGAAUGGGAACAAAUCAUUACCAAUUAUUUACCAAAACUCAAAAUAUUUCGAUUGAAAAUGGAUCUUUCACCGGAAAUGCACAUGAAUAUCAUGACAAAGAACGUUGAUGAGCUACUUUUGACAUACCGAACGACAUUCUGGCUUGAAGAGCAUCGAUGGUUUAUUCAAUGUGACUACGAUUCAGAGUCACUUCAACCAAUUAUGGUUUAUACAUUACCAUAUGCAUUUCAUAACUAUCGUUAUUCGAAUAAACAUUGUUCGAAAUCAACUUGUCCGAACGAAGAAAAUUAUUGGUCAUAUGAUAGUGUAGAAACGAUUAGUCGUAACAACAAUGAAAAGACUUUAUUCAAUGCCUAUAUCCUUCGUCAUCCUCGCUUUCCUAGUAUUCGCCAUCUAGAAAUUCGUCUUCCAUUGGAUGACUGUUUUUCAUUACUUUUUCCGUCAUUAAAUCGUUUAACUUCACUCAAUGUUGACUACUUUAAUGAUGUCAGUUAUUCUCAACUACAAAUGUUAAUCGAUCAAGCACCGUUUCUUUAUUCGUUAAAACUCGAUCCUCGGCAAAGACUUCAUAGUCAAUUAUUCCAGUUAACCAGUAAAUCGAUUCGUCGACUUGAUAUUAAAUUCAAUCCAUCCGCUUAUUCUUAUAAAUUUUCUGCUGAAGAUUGCAUGAAUUUAAUUAAUUCACCUCUUGGAUUUCAAUGUGAAGUUCUUUACAUUGAUGUAAGCAGUCGGAACGGCGCUCUUGAUCUCAUUUACAAGAUGCCUAAUCUUCGAUUGUUAGUAUUUAAAUCUGAAGAUGAUCAAUUUUUUAAAAAUAGUUCAUUUCUUCCUACAAAUGAUGAACUUGCGCAAUGGUUACGAGAUCAUUUGCCAUCGUCGUAUACAACCUUCAGAGAUCCAAGAUCAUUCGAAACUCGAGUUUGGAUUGAUCGACAAAAUAGAAAACAUGUGUUACCAAGUAAUGACGGUGUAACGACAACAUGGCAAAACAAAUUUUCAGGAUUUCUAUCGACAAUAAAACAAUUUUUUUCCUAA